GCCAGGAGCGCACAGUCCUCCUUCAGUCCUGCUCCAGUCCUCUAACUGAUGAAAGGAUGGGGGUCCACACCAGCAGAUAAGCCCACCACAACUGGAUCAGUCUCCUGAGGGGAGGGGAAGAAGCGCUUUCACUCACUUUGGCUCACUUUUCUUGGAUUUAUCCCGGAUUUACUCCCAACAUGCCGUUCGCCAAACGGCUGGUGGAGCCCCAGCUACUGUGCAGGUAUCCGAUCCCGAACGAGGAGGGUCUUCUUUACGAGGACCUGGUCACCAUCAGUCAUGUGGCUCUAUCCCGGACCCUGCGCCAGCUGUCGGACCUGGCCCGGCACGCGUGCUCCAUUUUCACGGAGCUGGAGGACGAACUGACCCGCACCAACCAACGGGUCAGCGGGCUGCAGGGCAAGAUCAGCGGGCUGCAGCUGACAUGCUCCGAGCUGGACCCCAAACAGGAGGCAGUGCCGGUGUCCAACCUGGACGUGGAGAGUAAGCUGACAACACAUUUUCAGGCUCCGUGGCACCAGCAGAGGAACGUUUUCCACCCCUCCACCCGGCCAGUAUGUGUGGAAGAGCUCCACAGGCAAGCCAGCUUCAGCCUGUGGGCUCAACACCGAGAUCAUCAGAGGAGACGAGCGGACAGCAGAGAGCGAAGAGUCACCAUCUCGAUCUCAGCGUUACCCCCCAUGCCCAUGUACCCCUCCCCAAACAUCCAGGGGUUAGACAAGAGAGGCAGCAACCUGACAACAUUUGAAUCCACCCGCUCCUCCUCCCCCACCGAAUGUUGCCGCUUCUCUCCCUGGAGCAGAAAGGCUGCUCCCCUUGACCCCGACACUGACGGGGUGGCUCUAGGUCACCGGUCUAAGUUUCCCAUCCCUAACAUCCCCUCCACCCUGGACAAGCAGACUAACUGGUCUAAAGCUCUGCCGCUGCCCACCCCCGAGGAGAGAAUGAAAAGCAGCUCACAAGUCAUCAACUCAUGCAUCAUCCCCAUUAACGUGACCGGAGUUGGCUUUGACAGAGACGCUAGUGUGCGCUGCUCGCUCGUCCACUCGCAGUCGGUGCUGCAGAGGAGGAGGAAGCUGAGGAGAAGGAGGACGGUCGCUGGCAUUCCCAGACAGGUGCAGCAGGACUUAGACUCUGAUGACUCCCCCGGUUCCAGAGAACGCACUGUGAUUGUCCACACGAGUCCUGACAUCACUCCUUCCAACGACGAGCUGUCCAGCCAUCUCAGCACCAGAGACUCCGGCUGUCAGACUGAGGACUUUCUGAUCUCAGGAGCGCCGUCUCGUAGGAGGAUCAGAGCUCAGAGAGGACAGGGAGUCUCUCUGUCUCUGUCUCACUCUGCAGGAAACAUCUCCUGUCUGCCAGACGGCAGUGAAGCAAUGUUCAGCGCCAGUGUGGGCGCCCGCCUGCGCUCCAGGAGUCUGCCUCGGGACUCGAACAGAGUUAUUGAUAACGGACACCAGGACAGUGAGGAUGAGGCUGAACUUUCCCCGUUUGAUGCUGAAGACUUCAUGCCAAGUCACGGGGAGCUGAUCCUGAAGGAUGAGGAGGAGAGCACGGAUGACCAGGCCAUGACCGAGCACACGCUGGGUCUGAAGUACAAACAGCUGUCAGAGAGUCCGGAGCGGGGCUGGAUGGAGAGAACCCGCUCACAGCUGCCCAGGAAGACUGACAUGGGUAGCUGCGAGAUCUCGUCCAGCUCGGACACCUUCAGCAGCCCCGUCCACUCUGUCUCUGCCGCCGGAGUGAUGCUGGGAGGUCAGAUGGACCACAAAGAUGACCACCAGUCUUCAAGUGGGAACUGGAGUGGCAGCAGCUCCACCUGCCCCUCACAGACUUCAGAAACCAUCCCUCCUGCUGCCUCCCCACCUUUAACGGGCUCCUCUCACUGUGACUCAGAGCUUUCUCUAAAUGCUGCCAACAACAACCACGAAGACCACACCAGCUUCAUGCUGGACCACUACCCAGGUCUGCGGACUCAGCGGGCUGGCUCCUUCUCCUCCACAGCUAUGGACAUUUUAGAAGAAGCAGGCGGGAGUGCUACUCCCAUUGAAGGCGAGUGGAGUUACUCAGAGCCUUCACGCUCACAGGACUUCAGUCCUGAGCCGAGCAGGGAGGCAGAGAGCAGCUUAGGAUGUCCGAGCUACACCAGCAUGGCCACAUGUGAGAGCAGCUACUCUGACAAACCUCCAUCAGAGAAAGCUGACACGGUCUCACACUACUCUGUUGACACUGAAGGCUACUACACCUCCAUGCACUUUGACUGCGGUCUGAAAGGCAGCAAAAGCUUCACAUAUAACUAUGCAGCACCUGGCUCUGACUGCAGCCUGUCAGACAUGACUCUGGGCAGACGCUGCCUCUCGCUACGUAAACCAAAGGUGAAGCCAUGUCCGCCUAAGAGGAGCUCAUCCUUAAGAAAAAUAUGCAGUGAGGGAAACAUACCCGAUAAGAAAGAACCAAAGAUUUCAUGUGGGCAGCAGGGGCCUCUGUCUUCCAAGGAGAGGAACCUGCAGCUGCUACUGUCCGGCUCUCAGAAUCGUCUAGAAAACUCUCCACAUGUCAGAGAGCCCCUUAUGGUGUGGGGGGUGGAAGGCUCAACUGACCUGCCAGAUUUAGGUGUGUUUAGCUCUACGGACGCUCAUUCAUUCAAAGAUGAAGGGGUUGUACAGUCAGACUAUGCAGAUCUGUGGCUCCUGAAUGAUCUAAAAUCCAGCGACCCGUAUAGAUCUUUAUCCAACUCCAGCACAGCGACAGGUACGACUGUAAUCGAGUGCAUCAAGUCGCAGGAGAGCUCUGAGUCUCAGACAUCACAGUCCGGCUCCAGAGCCACCACCCCGUCACUCCCAUCUGUGGAGGGAGACUUCAAGCUGACGUCUCCAGAGAAGCUGGCAGGCCUGGCGAGCCCAUCCAGCGGCUACUCGAGCCAAUCAGAAACCCCAACCUCAUCCUUCCCCUCCGCCUUCUUCCCUGGACCGCUGUCGCCAUCCAGUGGGAAGAGGAAGCCCAAGGUCCCAGAGAGGAAGUCAUCUCUUUCCACACUGUCACUGCAAUCUAAGGCCUCAAAAAGAGACCUGGAGCUGCCCAUAAUCCCCCCCUCCCACCUUGAUUUAAGUGCCCUUCAAAGUGUGGGAAACAAGGCCGCAGCUCACACAAAACAGAUUCAAAUUCUUCACCAAAAAGCUGCACUAACAGACAAACCUAUAGCAGCACAGAGCACUGAAGUGUUUCACGCCCACCCCAUAUCCAUCACACCUUCAGUGCUGAACUCAGUACAGCUCAGAUCCAUCAGCAGAGAACAUGAAGGAAGUCAAGAGGACAAAAAUAGACUCAUAUGUCCUACAAGAUCAUGUAGUAAAUCCUUAGAGCUCAAGAAUCAUCUGUUAAACCAUCAUCAUACGCCGCCAAAGGGCUCAUAUGAAUCUGUGUUUACCUCAAAUGAAGAGCUCACCAAUGGAGAAGCAGCAUGUCAGAGUGAUACAAUAAAGGAGAGUGAGGCUCUUUUAGAAAGUCAGACAGCAUUCAGACUGCAGGAAGAGCCGUCUUCAGACAUCCUCAAGGAGGCAAGGAGUCAUGAAGAGGAGACAGAUUCAGGAGAAAUGCAAGUUUGCAGCUUGCAGCCCGAGCUGAGGAUUGAGAAUGAAGGAGAAGAGUGUCGGCCUGCUCUCUCUGUCCAGCACAGUUCAACCAACAGUCUGGAUAAAGUGCCUGAGACUGACAGCCAAUCAGAGUUGCUGCAGGAGAGUUCGAUCAGUGAUGAGAGCAGCGCGGCGGUGGAUUUUGAGUCCUCAGGUGUUUCAGCAGAAGGUGCUUCUCAGGAGGAGAGGGAGGAGUCGGCUGCAGAGUCAGAGGAGCAGAGUAAAGAUUCUUCACACAGUGAUAUCACAACGUCUCCAGCGAGUGAUGACUCUAGGCAAGAGGACGACAGUGUGUUUCUGUCACCCACUAAAACCAGGACCACUGAGGAUCUGUUUGCUAUGAUCCACAGGUCUAAAAGGAAAGUGUUGGGCAGGAAAGACUCUACUGAGUUAGGAGUGAGGAGUCGACUCGGUGCUGCAUCGAGUAACACACCGCCCAGCAGUGCCGUGAGCUCCCCUGUCUCCGUACAGUCACCCUCCACUGCUGUGACCCCCCCAGGCCCACAGAGGGCCACCGGCUCCAUCUACAGGAAUGCUAAAAAAUCCAGCACCUCCAACGAGGAGUUUAAACUGCUGCUGCUCAAAAAGGGCAGCCGCUCGGACUCAAGUUACCGCAUGUCAGCCACAGAGAUCCUCAAGAGCCCCGUCACUCCUAAAUCUCCAGUAGAUUCCUCCAUAGAGUCACAGAGACUGACCGAAGACCCCACCUCCCCUCUACAGCUGCAGCAACCAUCAGGAGCUGAUCAGGUCUGCAGCCCAUACCCCAAAGCCAACACCGAAGGCUUCUCCUCGAAAUCUUUCCUCACAUCUGCAGCAUCCAGACAGGGUCGCUCAAGGAUCCCUCCGCCUGCAAACAGCAGCCGCUACGGCAUGAGGGGACGGGUGUUUUCAGCCCCGAUGCAGGCGAUUUCUGAGGGCGAGACGGAGAACUCAGACGGGAGUCCUCAUGACGACCGAUCGUCACAAGGCUCCACGUAGAAAUGAAAGUGGUACGAAAUGAUUCUAGUUUACAGAUCAAACAAAUGGACCAGAGUGAUUUAUUAUAUAUAUGAGAAUUUGACUACAGAUACCAUAACGGGAAGAGAAAGAAAUCUGAAUAAAACAAAGAAUAAAUCUGUAAAAUAAAAAUUUAAUAUUUCAAUAUAAGACAAAUGUAUGAAGGAAUAGGUUGAGUUAUAAGGAUUCAUAAAGACUAUUUUAACAUUAAAAAAAAGUUUAAACCUUUAAUCGUUGAUUAAUUUUAUAUAUUUUUCAAGUAUAUAUUGAUUUAUUCACUGUACAAAGUUUUUAUUCAAUUCUUAAUACAUUUUAUAGGUUUUCUAACAUUUUGUUUAAGCUGUGAUGCCCUGAUCAGGGUUUUUUUUUUCUCUCUUCUUGGCCAGUCAUAUUUUAUGCUUUGAUUAAGGAGCUGAUUUAACAGUCAGUCCGUCUACUUGGCUUUGUAGUGUACUAGGACCUCCUAUAGGGAGCAGUGUAACCUGUUAAAAGGAGCAUCCUUAUUCAGUCAACAACAUGCUUUAACAAGAAACCUUCUGCAAGGAAAAUAGACUAAUACAACUUGAUGAUUUCUUCAUCACAUCCUUAUUGAUGGGAAUCAACAAAGAAUUUUGUAACAGACCGAAAAAAAAAAAAUCUGCAAGCCCAGUCAAAAGGCUAACGGUGAAAAUAGUUCAAUAAAAAUUGGCAGCAUAUCUAAGACCUUUAUUCAAGCACAUUUUUCAAGUAAUGCAAAUAUUUUAUAUUGCUUGAAAACAAUUUCAACCCCAAACAACAGUAUUUUUUUAAGCAAUCCAUCAAACUUAAAUCUCCAUGUCUUUUACAAGUGUUAACAUAUUGUCAGGCGUUAUUUACCAUUGCCUAAAAGUCAUUUUGCAUUACAGCUAAGCUACCAAAGCUAGCUAACAAGCUUUAAUCCUGAACACAUGAUGAAGGCGGGAGAAGCAUGGAAACAUCUUUUCCAUCUUGAAAAGCUUUUGUGGCUCUAUGUUCUAGUUUUCAUGGAGAAAUGUGGUCAGAUUCUGAUGAAACUGCCGCUGUGGCUACAUCCAAGCUAAUCGCUCCACCAGCAGCUAUACCGACUACACUACAACCCCCUGCCCUGUAACUCACACAAACUCAUGCCAAAGCAUGGUUAGCAGAAGGACUGAAGCUUUCAGUGUGGUUCUUGUUCUUCAUUUCAUAAAGAAUGUGGAUGAAUCUGUCACUACAUCCAAGUUAAUUGCUACACAUUAGCAGAGGUCAUUGCUAUCAGUACAACUAAACCCUGCCCAUUGCUGCCUUGUUGUCCUCAAAUGACGCUGAUUGGUCCAAACCUAGGUUUGGAUAGGAGCUUUUCAAGAUGGAAAUGCCUGAUGACAGAUGCAAAUCCAUCUGCUCUGCAAGGUUAAACAUGUAUUACAUUUAUUAUUAAUAAGUAUUGGCUGAUAAUGAUCAUUCGGAUCCACUGGUGCAUCUCUAAUUUAACAAUAAUUAUUAAUAUUUUGAUAAUAGUAAUAAUAAUAAUGCAACAAAGGUAAACAUACACAAAAAGACUUAUGUGCAUGUGAAAUAAAUCAAUAUAUUACUAUUAACUACUUUUUUUAAAUGCUAAAAUAAGUUGAAAAAUUUAUUCCACUUCUUUUGAUGACUUAGCCAGUACUUUUUUGCUUUAAAUCAUUUUUUACAGAUUUAUUCUUUAUUAAUAAUACACCAUGACUCCAUAUAGAUGUAAUAUUUGUGGCUGACUUUUAUAGCCGUUUUCUUUGGUUAUUCAGUGAAUUUUUAAAGUUUUCUUUUUUUACCUGAGUUCAAAAAAGUUUUAUUCACACAAUGUGUUAUAGAAUAUUUUUAUGAAAUAAAGAGCUAGCAGUGUAAACAGGGAACAAAAUAGCUUACAUCUUUUGCUAAUAAAAAUCACUAAUAAAUUCAGCUGAUGUAAAAGUUUAUGACACAUAGAAAGAGGCUGGGACGCUUUACAAUAAGGUCCACAAAAAAUGGCAAAAAUGGAGAAACGACUUCUAAUAACUAAUUACCAUGUAGAUAGGGAAUUAGUUUGUUAAUUCCUCAUUGUUUACUGAAUAACCGCUAAUUUUGGAGAACCUUAUUGUAAAGUUGUAAACAAAAGACCGUAUGUGACUCCUUUAGCCUGCUUAACUUUUAUUCUUUCAGAAUUAUCCUCAGAUCUUUACAGUUUGAGUUUUUUUUAAUCAGUAACCUGUAAAAAAGCAAAACAAGUGGGACGAGUCGUUUGUAUUCUGUGAAUACCUAUGCAACAAGACUCCAUUUUUACAUUUCUUAAAGCCAACUGAGAAGAACUCUCAUCAGGACAAACACUGUGUGAGAAACAAGCAGUGGAAACAAAUGUGAAGCCUCAAAGCACCGAUUCAUGUAGACUUUUGUAUAUUUGACUCUACCCUUUAUAAAAGCAUGCUGUAAAUUAAUCCAGAGGUAGCUAACUUUCUAAUAUUCUCAUGCAAUAAUAUGAGAGCUGAAAUGACUAACCUGACAAUCUUGGGAGACGAGACGUGAGCAGGUGUUAAACAUGGGAGAUGAAAAAGUGCAAAAAUAAAGUUUGAGGUUGCGAAAAAGGGAGAUGUAGAAGAACAAGGAGGUCAUGUAUUUUUUUAAAAGACAUUAUAAUUAGAGCCAGACUGAUGUUUCAGCUGUUAUGGGACUUUUACAAAUAGGGCUGUAUCAUCUGUGUAUAUUAUUUAAGACAUUUCAUUUCAAAAUUCAACAUAUAAAAACAAUAGGGUGAUUUGGAUAUGGUGCCAUUAUGUAGUUUGUCCAUUAGAGGGUGCUAAGACUCCAUGGUUUACAAUCUUUGUAGCACUGACAGCAGCUCAAGCGUCAAACUGCAGUAAAAUUAAAUGAAUAAUUCAAUGCAAAAUCAGUGAAUAGUGAGGAUGGUUUCACAAUAGGGACUAAGGUCAGGACCUUGGGAAACUUGAUUUCAAAGUGUGGUUCAUUUAAUCAGUUUGAACACGAGCGUACAAGGACACCGGGCCCAAGCCCAUGCAGGAAUUGCAAGACCACACAAGGUUCUCCAUCUCUAAAAUGAGACUCUCUCGGUCUGUUGCAUCAUAUAACCUCUGUGACCCACUGAUGGAGGACACCAGGAGGAUUUUCUUGUGUUUCGUAUGCAUGGGCCGGACAUAGCCAUCAAAUAGGGUGAGUGGAUCUGGCACCGUGUAGUGCCUAGAGCACAGGAUGAGACAUAGUGUAGAUAAAGUGACAAGAUUUACCAUCAGGAGUCUGUGCAUUGUGUGUUUUGGAGUUUACCUGAUGCCUUGAGCAUUCCCAUUCCUAUUUGGGUUGAUUUGUUCCAUGUGGAUUGAUGUGUUUUGGCAGCUGGCUCUGCUGAAAAUAAAUUUAACAGACAUAUCAGAGAGCAGAUUAGAGUGGUGCUUUUUGCAUGCAUCAGAGAUGUACCGGAGCAUGUUCUACGGAAUUUAAAAGAUUGAUUGAAGACUGAGAGAGAGCGAUUUGCUCUGGUGUGCGCUUCACAUUCAGAUUGCUAAGUGGACAGAGUAUGUGGGAUUUGAGGGUAAUCAAGCAUGGUCCACUGGAGAUGAACACUGUAAGUAGAGGGGUACUCACCAAUGAGUCAGGCUGUAUAUGUAAUUCUAGACAUCUGCUGUCUCUUCAAAUAUCAUUGUAUCAGGGCAGCACAGACCCAUUUCAUCCCCUGAGCGCACAGUAGAUGUGGAGUUAAAAAUAGGGUUGCUGGUGGCAUUUCAAAAAUGAUUCAAGGGGAGCCCUCCAUGGUAGCAAGAUGGAGUGCACUGUCUACACACAGUUUAAACAAAUGUCCAUGUGAGUGGUUGCCAUGUUGCGAUUUGUGAUCUAUGUGCACAUGGCAACCUGCUGUAUCAGGCUGUGUAUAUAUGAAGCCUGCAUCAAAAUGCUGUUGCUGAUGAGGAAGUAGAUCAGUGAGGAAGAGGGAAGUCACAUUCCAGGCGCCGACCAAGGGAGACUGUCUCAAGUUAAGCCUAAAUAGCUGAGAAUUGGUUGACGACAUCUUUGCGGGACCAGCAAUGUAUGACCUACCUGAUUGACAUUUGUUGUGCAGGCAGCGAUGUUCCCAAGGACUUUGCCCUGCCACCGUCGUGUGAGGAGUGCUACCCUUGCAUAGAUCUUUUCUCAUAGGUGUUUACAUGUGAUGUAGUUUAAGGAGACAAAGGACACCAACCACUUUUUAGCUGUGUUAGCAACUUCUGUAACCAGUUUACUGAGUAAGACAGUUUGGCGUUCCCGGUACCUAAGCAUGCAUCUUUCAGUCCUUGGACCUUCCAGUCUUAAUCCUCCGAGGCCUGGAGGUUGACUGAUGACCAGAGGUGCUGACUGGACUCCUUUGUAACAGCUUUUCUUUGGUGGCAUCGUUGGGUAUCAUUGGCAAGACCAUGUGUCUAAUGCUGAUAUGCCCAGUAGAGCUUAAUGGGGUCAAGUCUCUGAAACAGGAACAGCAGCUGCACUCACUUUCACCUUGCACGCUUUCCAAGGCCUGAUACAGCUCAUCGCAUACUGCUGAUCCAGACACUUGGGGUGACCGAGGUGUUAGCUGGGAGGAUACCUGGAGAGACGGGGCUUGAGCCUAGUGCAGGCCUGGAGGAUGUCUAUCAGGAGGCCAGAGCAGUAAAGGACCAAGGUUUACAGGGCAAUGUGCUGAACCAGCAUACGCUUCCGUACCUGACCUGACCUGACAGUAUGAAACAGUCGUCCCUAAUGUGAAAACAACCCAACUCAGAUACGGCUCAUUUUAGUGAACACAUUCAGACAUUAAUCUGUGCAUUUAAUCCCUUCUAAAACCAAUAUCAGCCUUAAACAUCCAGUAUCGGUCUGGCUCUGGUUGUAAUGGUCAUUUCUGGUUUGCUGACUUGGUGUGUUUAUGAAUUGUUGAAAAAGGCAAGUGGAAAGUGUUUGGGAGGAUUUAACAUGCCUUAUUUUUACUCUGUGCUUACAAAAGAGACAAUAAGUGUGGAAGCAGCCGCAGCAGAAAUGUUCCUGUGUUUGUGAGAUUUUUCUGGUUUGUUUAAACUUUGCAGGAUUACAUUUAGAGGCAGGUGAUGAAAAGUAGAUCUGGAUUUUGGGAAGUGACAUUUGGACUGGUUUUGUACCAAAAUGCUUGACUAUUCUACUCCCCUUUAAAAGAAUAUACUGCCAUGGUUUAUACAGUUUAUAUUUUCUGUGUUACACAAUCCUAAAUAUAUUUAUUUUUAUAGCUAACAAAGAUGAACUUUACAUGCUCCCUUACACCCUCAGAUAACCUAAACUAAAACAUAAUUAUGCAAUAAAAUGCUGGUAUUAUUAACAAUAAUGAUAUUCUAUCAGAUACAUAUUUUGCUUAUAAGAGAGGAUUUAAAUCUUAUCUCAGACACUGGGUGCAGAGACAAACAUGAAUGCAAAUAAAUACUGUCAUUAAUGGCUUCAACAGUAAUAAGCUACUCAAUCGUUUGGAGGUGUUUUAUUACCCCAGAGUGAUAUUAAACAUGGUUUUUAUUGCAGUGAUAGAGCUCAACCAUCAUGAGUCUUUGCAGCCAUAUUUUCCUGUUGGUACACUGUAAAUAUCCACUUAAUUUUGGCCUUAACGAGACUCCGUACUAAUGUCACAUAACAGGGUACACAACAAGUUUAUUUCGUCUGUGAACCUUCAUUCCACCCUUUUUCUUUUGGGUUAUUUUUGUUUUUUGCACUGAUAAAGUGAUGUUUGUGAAGUUUCACGAGUCUCUUGCUGUACCUGGAGAUAUUUAUACACCUUUUUACAUCGAGCUGUUUGACUUUCCUUCGAUGAUUUUCUCACUGAAAGAGUGAACUAGAUGUUUCUGCCAAAGGCUAAAAGAAAAACAUUAGUGGCUGUUUUCUCUCCCCAUAUACUUGACUGAAACCUUUUUGAAAACAUUAAACCAACACUAUAGAUGAUUUCAUGUGUGGUACUACAUGCAUUUCAUGGUUCAGAUACUCCUCUGUGUACUGUAGGCAUCAACUUUGUAUUUUUUUUGUACAAAUGUGUAAAUAUGAUAACUUUUGUUGAAUUGUUUCUUAUGUAAAGAACAAAAAAUGUUUUCAAAGUUUACAUUAAUUUCAAACCUUUGUAUAUUUUUGAGCUGUGGAACACUUUGUCUUGUAUUUAUUUUUUAGUAAGAGUUGUGGAGAUCCCAUAGUAAAUCCUAUUAAAGCUAGCACAAAGGCUGCUUAGCGUCUGUGUAUAAAAAAGACAAAUAAA